AUGCAGUGGAAACAGCGCGUAGUACUCUGGUCGUUGGUGGCGGCGUCCCUGGUGCAGCAGCCGGCACCGGAGGUUCGAGUGAGCGGCGGCUGGGUUCAGGGCAUCAUCAGUGCUGAUGGCUCCUUCUAUCUUUACACUGGCAUUCCUUAUGCUACCUCCACCCGUUUCAGGGCCCCGGGACCGCCGCCUAAAUGGGAAGGCACGCUGAGGGCUGUCAACGAUAUUGAGGUUUGCCCUCAAGUAAGCAUCGUGACGGGCUCGGUGGUGGGCUCGGAGGAUUGUCUUAAACUCAACGUCUACGUGCCGGCGAUGACAGUGAUGCGUCCGCGGGCCGUCAUGGUAUUUAUACAUGGUGGAGCUUUUGUCGUGGGCAGCGGUGGUCGGUUUAUUUAUGGCCCGGAGUUUCUCAUGAAAAAAGACGUAAUUCUCGUCACUUUUAACUAUAGACUCGGCGCUCUGGGAUUCACAUGCCUCGGUAUAAAAGAGGCUCCCGGCAAUGCCGGCUUAAAGGAUCAAAUAGCCGCUCUGAAAUGGGUUCGAGAUAAUAUUGGUUCAUUCGGUGGUGAUCCGGACAACGUGACAGUGUUCGGAGAAAGCGCAGGUGCCACUUCCGCUUCUCUUCUGAUGGCGAGUACCACUGCCUCCGGCCUUUUCAAACGCGCUAUCCUGCAGAGCGGUAGUGGGAUAUCAAACUGGGCUAUCAAUCGGGAACCUGUACGGGUAGCGAGUCUGGUCGCGUCCAAAUUAGGCUUUCAUUCAGAGGACCCACACGAACUCUAUGAAUUUUUAAGUAAAACUGAUUAUCGGGAUUUGGUUCCGGUUAUGCAUGGUAAACCUGAAGAACUGUUUUUUGACACUCAAUUACUCCAUUUGCCCUGCGUCGAGGAAAUAAUCCCAGGGGAGAUGUCGGUGAUCACAGAUCUUCCUUGGAAUUUAUUUAUCAAGAAGAAAAAUCACGUUCCGGUUGUCUACGGCACCAAUUCACGAGAGGGAAUGUUCCUGACGGCGGAGGUGGACGGCUCCGUGGAGGGAAGGAACGGUAAAUACAUAGUUGCCAGUGAUCUAAGUUUCUCUAGCGUGGAGGAGGGCAUGCGCGUCUCCCGCGCCGCGCAAGACUUUUAUUUCGGCUCCGAUCGUAUUUCUAUCGAAAGAAUAAAUAAUAUUACAGAUCUAUAUACGCAUUUAUAUUUCGAAGUUCCUUCAAUACUGGAGUCAGAGCUUCUGUUAAACUCAAGCAGUGAGCCAGUGUUCAACUAUAUAUUUGAUUACUCCGGCGGACGUAAUCUACUAAAGUUUCGUACGUCGCGAAGCGGCGGAGGUGAGAAGGGCGCAUGUCAUGGGGACGAGCUUUUCUAUCUGUUUGAUGCUGCAGUGCUGCCCUUUCGUCUUAGCGAGGCCGACCGUGAUAUGGUAGACUUCCUUACCUCACUUUGGUCUAAUUUCGCGAAAUACGGGAAUCCGACUCCGGCAAAGCAACCCAGUUUAGUCCGUUGGGAGCCAAGCGAUACGGGCCAACUACGGUUUUUGCAUAUCGGGCAAGUGAGCCGCAUGGGUGCAAUGCCAAACCCAAGCGCGUAUCGCCUCUGGAGAGACAUUUACCUUAGAUAUCGCAAAACUAAUUACAAACAACCAUCAAUACUACAGCCAAGCUAA